GCCAGCCUCUUCCAGCCACCUAGGCGUCCUGGCCUUGGAACUGUUGGGAAACCAAUUCGACUGUUAGCCAAUCAUUUUCAGGUUCAGAUCCCUAAAAUAGAUGUGUAUCACUAUGAUGUGGAUAUUAAACCAGAAAAACGGCCUCGGAGAGUCAACAGGGAGGUAGUAGACACUAUGGUGCGACACUUCAAGAUGCAGAUAUUUGGAGAUCGGCAGCCUGGCUAUGAUGGCAAAAGAAACAUGUACACAGCACAUCCACUGCCGAUUGGACGGGAUAGGGUCGAUAUGGAGGUGACCCUCCCAGGUGAGGGUAAGGACCAAACUUUCAAAGUGUCUGUGCAAUGGGUGUCAGUUGUGAGCCUUCAGCUGCUUCUAGAAGCUUUAGCUGGACACCUGAAUGAAGUCCCAGAUGACUCGGUACAAGCACUCGAUGUGAUUACAAGGCAUCUCCCCUCUAUGAGGUACACUCCAGUAGGCCGGUCUUUUUUCUCACCUCCUGAAGGUUAUUACCACCCUCUGGGAGGGGGCCGCGAGGUCUGGUUCGGCUUUCACCAGUCUGUGCGCCCUGCCAUGUGGAAUAUGAUGCUCAAUAUUGAUGUAUCUGCAACUGCUUUCUACCGGGCUCAGCCCAUCAUUGAGUUCAUGUGUGAGGUUUUAGACAUUCAGAACAUCAAUGAACAGAUGAAACCUUUAACAGACUCCCAGCGUGUCAAGUUUACCAAAGAAAUUAGGGGUCUUAAGGUUGAGGUGACUCACUGUGGACAGAUGAAACGAAAAUAUCGAGUUUGUAAUGUGACAAGACGGCCAGCCAGUCAUCAAACCUUCCCUUUGCAGCUAGAAAAUGGUCAAGCUAUGGAAUGUACCGUAGCUCAGUAUUUUAAGCAGAAGUAUAGUCUGCAUCUGAAGUACCCCCAUCUCCCUUGCCUUCAAGUGGGACAAGAGCAAAAGCAUACCUACCUGCCACUUGAGGUCUGUAAUAUAGUGGCAGGACAGAGAUGCAUAAAGAAGCUCACAGACAAUCAGACAUCCACCAUGAUCAAAGCCACAGCAAGAUCUGCUCCUGACAGACAGGAGGAAAUCAGUAGACUGGUGAAGAGCAACAGCAUGGUGGGUGGACCUGACCCAUACCUGAAGGAAUUUGGGAUUGUUGUACACAAUGAGAUGACAGAGCUCACAGGCAGGGUGCUUCCAGCUCCAAUGUUGCAGUAUGGAGGCCGGAAUAAAACAGUAGCCACACCCAACCAGGGUGUCUGGGACAUGCGAGGAAAGCAGUUUUAUGCUGGCAUUGAAAUUAAAGUAUGGGCAGUGGCUUGUUUUGCGCCUCAGAAACAAUGUAGGGAAGAUUUGCUAAAGAGUUUCACUGACCAACUUCGUAAAAUCUCCAAGGAUGCAGGAAUGCCCAUCCAGGGUCAGCCAUGUUUCUGCAAGUAUGCUCAAGGUGCAGACAAUGUGGAGCCCAUGUUUAAACAUCUGAAAAUGACGUAUGUGGGCCUACAGCUAAUAGUGGUGAUUUUGCCUGGGAAAACACCAGUAUAUGCGGAGGUGAAACGUGUUGGAGACACCCUUCUAGGUAUGGCCACACAGUGUGUACAGGUCAAAAAUGUUGUGAAGACCUCACCCCAAACCCUUUCCAACCUUUGCCUGAAGAUAAAUGCAAAGCUUGGAGGAAUUAACAAUGUACUUGUGCCUCAUCAAAGGCCCUCAGUGUUCCAGCAGCCUGUCAUCUUCCUGGGAGCAGAUGUCACUCAUCCGCCUGCUGGGGAUGGGAAGAAGCCUUCUAUUGCGGCCGUGGUGGGCAGCAUGGAUGGCCAUCCCAGCCGGUACUGUGCCACGGUCCGGGUGCAGACAUCGCGACAGGAGAUUGCCCAGGAGCUCCUCUACAGUCAGGAGGUCGUACAGGACCUGACGAGCAUGGCUCGGGAGCUGCUGAUUCAGUUCUAUAAGUCCACACGCUUCAAGCCCACUCGGAUCAUCUACUACCGUGGAGGGGUGUCCGAGGGACAGAUGAAACAGGUAGCUUGGCCGGAGCUAAUAGCAAUUCGAAAGGCAUGUAUAAGCUUGGAGGAAGACUAUCGGCCAGGAAUAACCUACAUUGUGGUACAAAAGAGGCAUCACACACGACUCUUCUGUGCAGAUAAAACAGAAAGGGUGGGGAAAAGUGGCAAUGUCCCAGCAGGCACUACGGUGGACAGCACCAUCACACAGCCAUCUGAGUUUGACUUUUACCUCUGUAGUCAUGCAGGAAUUCAGGGAACCAGCCGUCCUUCACAUUACCAGGUCUUGUGGGAUGACAACUGCUUCACUGCAGAUGAACUACAGCUACUGACUUACCAGCUCUGUCACACCUACGUGAGGUGCACACGCUCAGUCUCCAUUCCUGCCCCUGCAUAUUAUGCCCGGCUUGUAGCGUUCCGAGCAAGGUAUCAUUUGGUGGAUAAAGAUCAUGACAGUGCCGAAGGCAGUCACGUGUCAGGACAGAGCAACGGCCGGGAUCCUCAGGCCUUGGCUAAGGCUGUGCAGAUCCACCACGAUACCCAGCACACUAUGUAUUUUGCCUGAGAGUCUUGGAAAAGGACUCAACCAAUUUGGCAUCCCACACAGCCUCAAAAUGUCUCAGAUGCCUACUGCCUCUCUUAGUGCCACAGUGAUUUCAGGUGGUCCCUACCAGCAGCUCAGAAUGGUUGCACUGACUCUGUACUCUGCUGCCCCAUCUGAUGCAUCAACAAAAUUGAGCCAGUUUUUUUUUUUUUUUUAAAGAAAUAGAUACUCAUAGAUUAUGUUUUCUGAUGCACUGGGCAGAAUUUUUUACCUCAAUGUGCGAAGGCUGAUCAGCCUUGACUUUCUAAAGGACCUUCCAAGAAAGGUUUCUAUGGACUGUUUUGCUAGCUGUGGUAUUCACCGCAGCUAGUCUUAUAAGAGGAGUAUUUCCCUUUUUUCUGUGUUCGUUGAAUGGAAUGCAUAAGUGGGAGAGAGAAACCAAACAACCUGUAUCAUUUCCAUGUAACUUUUUAAUUGAAUGGGUCCAUAGACUUCUUAACAAAGAUUUCUGACUUUGCCACUGUAAAUGCCUUUAAGGAGCAUUAACUUUUGAAAGUUUUACAGAACUCUUGUUACCUUCACUGCUUUAUCUUACUGAUCUCUCCGGGCCUGCGCUGUGGAGUACAGGCUGCCUGGCAAUUGCACUGUAUUUGGCUGCAGAUUCGAACAGGCAGUUCCCUUACUUGGCUGGCUUUUGUGAAUCUGUGACAUAAGCAAAUGUGAUGCGUGUCACAGGGACAGAUAACACUGCCAUGGUAAAAAAAAAAAAAAAAAAAAAAAAACAAAAAAAAAAAAAAAAAAAACCAUGUUCUCCAUAUUUGGAAAAAGAGAAUUAGCUUUUAGUAUUUUUCCACGUCUUCAAAAGUGCCCAUUUUAUGCUGCUGUAUGGUGUGUUAGAUCAGAACGAUCUUUAAACUUCUCUCAUAGAAUGUUAACUUUGGCAAUAAGCAUUUUUAAGGCCCCUGCCCUUUCUCCUUCUGACAUAGUUUUCUAGAUGAAAUUUCAGUAUGAUUUUAUCAACUAUUUCUUAUAUAUCAUAACUGGAAUAUUCUGAAACCAGUUUAUAAAGACACAGAUUUCCACGUCCUUUUAAAUAAUUGUUUUUUAAAAACAAAACCUAUUUUAUAGUCAGUGUCCUGUCACUUUAAAAAAAAAAGCUGGAACCAGGAUGCUUUCUGAUUGGUUAGGCUUUGCUGAUGUAUAAGGCACAUUGAGAGGUACUGCACUUGAAAAGAAAGUACCAGCCAGUAAAAAAACUAGUUUCCCUGGGAUUCAAGGUUGCACACAUAGCUGCUUACAGGACAGCCUGGAGUGUUCUUGGUGGCUUUGCCUUUCUCUUUUUCAACUAAAACUCUGUAGAAGAAGUUGAUUUUUUUUUUCUUUUUCUGUAAUAGAUUCUGGAUUCCCUCACAGGAAGAUAGGACUCCUUUUCUUGUCCAAACAAAGGAAGUUGAUGUAAAGCAAGUAUCAGUUAGGACAUAGGAAACUGUGUUCUGUAUUUAGUGUAGAUAAUACUUUGUAAAGGACAAGUGCUACAUAGUCAAGGUAGUUCCACCCACGGUUUCCACUAACCUGGAAGGGCAAGGAGUGAAAGGUCAGAGCCUCCAUGUGGAGCCUCACUCCUCAAGGCUGAGGAUGGUGCUAGAGAAGAGACAGAUGCAAUAUGCUAACAUCAAAUGUGCAGUCUCUCUGUGGAAACCAUUGGUGGGAACACUGGAUCAGAGGGUAAAGGUGUGAACUCGUUAGCUGGUCCAAGGUUCAGAUCCAUGAGACGAGCCCUCUUGUAAUCCCAGCAAUAGAAAGCACCGUUUCCCUUCAGUCACUUCAACAAGUGUGUAGAUACAUUAAUGUUUCCGUUUCCAUGUGCUGUCGCUCAGCAGUGCCACCAGUGUUUGCUGAGACUGGUCUCCGGGAGAAUUUAUAAUGUCCAUCUAAUCCUAUGACACAUGAAGAUGGGUGCAGACCUCCCUAAUCUCUGCACAUAGAAGGAAGAAGCAAGUCCUGUGGCUGAAGCACACAACAUAGGAGUGGAGAGACACCAGAUGUCCGUUCUCUAAGGUUUUCCUUUUUUGCAAAUACCUCACUUGGAUAAUACAAAUCAGGACAUGUUGCUGAAUGACUGACUGCCACUUUUAUUCACACCUGUUCAGAGAAAGCAUAGAAAAUACUCUGCAGCACAGCCACUCUGGACCCAAGAGGAGAAGGAAAAAAAAAAAAAAAAAAAAAAGGAAGCUUUCCUGGAGCCUGUGAUGUGAAGAAUUCUUGGUGGCUGGCAGUUAGCCAGAGGGCACCAUACCUGUACUGGAGUGCCUAGGGCUCGCUUGUUAACAACGCACAGAAGAAAUGCUUCCAUCUUCCAGCAUGAUGGGACAGUGAGCAAGCUGUGUGCCCAGAAGCCUCAAUCCACGUUUCUGCAAGUGGGUUCUAGGUUUACCCAUGAACAAUAUUCCUGAAACACCACUGUCAAUCCUAGUAUGCUGGGAUGAAUCAGUGUGGAGCUGGAGGAAAAGCCAGGAGACCGACUUUUGCAGUACCAAUAAGGGUGUGGUGCUGUUGUUCUGGACAAGUGGAAAGAAAUAGGGAAGAGUUAGGAUUACUGGGGGAGAACUGAGGGGUGAAUGUCAGGAGGUGAUCACUGCAAUUAUACCAUUGCAAGCAAACCUGAAUGCAUAGUUUUAAUUUAACUAGGGUUGGCAAUUCAAAUAGGUAACCCCCUCAAAACUGACUGAAUUGUUAUGCAUGUGUCAAUCAAAGGGAGGUGUGCAUUCUCUAGAAGUAGUGUUAGGCUGUUUGGUUCUUUUAAACACGGCCUAUUUAGGUACUGUCAUGUAGUAUGGAAGAUUUUGGUGUAGCAACUCUAAAGAACAACAAUUUGGGGCUAGGGAGCACAGGGCAUUAAGAACGGGAAAGACCCAAAUGUUGAGCCAAUUAUGUUUCAUUGUUGUUAGUUGUUGAAUCCUGAGGUGUUUAUAAAGGGAAGCAGCUGCCCUGAUGCAGCUAGCGCUCUGGGCAGGCGAACCACAUCCAUUCUUACUGUAAAUUCUAUGUACUGCUUCCAAAGGUGAUGAUUUACAAGCAGGCAUGUUCUAAAUGGUCUGUAUCUUAGGAUCUGGGGUCCAGCCCAUAUCCUAUAUCAACGCCUACCCACCUGGCUCAGCUACCUAUUCCUUCCCAUGGAAAAGGGCAGUGCACUCUUUUAACCAGGCUCACCUCACCCUCUCUUUGCCACCGUGGUUACGCUCCAUGGAUAUGCUUUUAAGAUUUUCUUGCUCAGUAGCAAGGUGGCUGCUCUGCUUUCAUUUUAAGAAAGCAGAGGUUAAGGGCAUCAUAUUAAUACUGCUUCAACUCCAAGAAUUAAAGGGAAGACCUUUAUUGGUCAACCGUUUUCUUAUCCCUUCCUAUAGACACAUUCAUAUUCUUUCUGUGUCUACAGGCUGAAAAUGUUUGUGUUUGUUCAUCUGACUAAUGGUAUGGUUUCUGUUUCUAUAUGAUUAGACUUGUAAUGUUCUAAAAUGUAUUUUAUUAAUUUGGACUGGAUGUUUGCCUCCAGUGAUACGAGGUACUUUCUCUAAGCUAUUAAGGAAGGGUUUGUAUCCCUAUAUGAGAUAAGAUAACGGUUGUUUAAAUUUUGCAGAGGGUUUUGUUAUUGUUAUUGGUUUUGGUUUGGGGUUUUGUUUUUUGUUUUGUUUUUUUUUGGCCUGCAGGGAUAUUUUGUGUUCAUGUGUCCAAAAAGUGGGGAGGGGAAUAAACUGGCAUUCUUGUGCUAAAAGUUGUUUUUCUCAUCAAUUGUGUAAUAAAUAUGGAAUACACUGUAA